CAGUCUGGAAAGCUGCAAGAGGGCUCUUCCUUGAUGGGAGGAGAGACAGCCGCCUCACUUACAUUGUAUUGUAUUGUGUCUGUGGCUGUAAGUUGCCCUUCCUUGCUUACCACUAAAUAAAUAAGCCGAAGCCAAUUUCUUCCAAAGAAGAGAGGACAACAGAAACAUUUCAAAAGGAAAUGGCGCAGAGAAGAGUGCAGAAUAUGGAAGUCACUACCUGCCUGGAUACUCAGAACCCCAAAGACUCUUUUAUUUUUAAAAUAGUUCUUCUGGGUAGUUCCUCUGUAGGGAAAUCAAGCUUAGCCUACCGUUAUGUGAAAAAAGACUUCCGGGACUCUCUUCCUACAGUGGGCUGUUCAUUCUUCACGCACAUUCUAAGUCUAGAUAAUUCUACCAUUAAGUUGGAGAUCUGGGACACCGCAGGGCAAGAGAAGUACCAUAGUGUUUGCCAUCUGUAUUACAGAGGUGCUAAUGCUGCUGUUCUGGUUUACGAUAUUACCAAGAAGGAAACUUUGGAGAAGGCAAAGUUAUGGCUAAGGGAACUGGAAAAAGAAUUCCUUCCGGAUGAAAUAAUCAUAGUUUUGGUUGGCAAUAAGGUAGAUCUUUCAGAAGAACGAGAGGUCACACUACAGGAAGCAAAGGACUUUGCCAACACAAAAAGCAUGUUGUACAUGGAAACAUCAGCAAAAACUAAUCACCAAGUGACAGAACUCUUCACAGCCUUAGGUAAGUUUAACCACACAGUUAAAAGUACAAUUAAGGCUAUUAUUUUGUUGAUGCGUUAAAGUAAACUGGAAUAAUCUAUUAUGGCCUACCAGACAUACUUUUGGUACUUUUUCCAAGGCUGGGCACUGGUAGUGAGUUAAAGUAGAGACAAGAUUUCAAUGAGUUGUCAUUGGGAGGGGAAGAUUUCCAGCCCAGUCUGGCCUAAUUCUCCAGUGCCUGGCUCCUGGUUGGCUUCUUACAGCCAGGCACUUUGAGAUGGCUGGCUAGAUCCAUAGAUUGUUCUCAGCCAGCCUUCCAAGAUCAUUCUGGCUCAGAGGACCCACCCAGAAACUGGGCAUCAGAGAAUUAGUCAGCCUUCCUGCUGCUAAUGAUGAAAGUAACAUAGCCUCUGCAGUUGUGUCCAUUUCCUUCUGCUGUCAUUGUUCUGUCAUAGCCUACAGCUCUGUAGCUCCUCGGGCAUAGUGCACAAAGAGGAUUUUGGCUUAGGAUUCCACUUCUAUGUAUACUUACUAUAAUGUAUCGUAAGUAUACUAUAUGUAACUUUAAGGUAAAAGUAAAGGUUUCCCCUGAAAUUAAAUCUAGUCGUGUCCGACUCUGGGGAUUGGUGCUCAUCUCCAUUUCUAUGGAGGGUUGUCCAUAGACGACUCCAAGGUCAUGUGGCUGGCAUGACUGCAUGGAGCACCGUUACCUUCCCCCAAAGUGGUAUCUCUUGAUCUACUCACAAUUUUAAUGUUUUUGAACUGCUAGGUUGGCAGAAGCUGGGGCUAACAGUGGGAACUCACCCUGCACCCUGGUAAAAAAGCUCAGUGGUUUAACCUGCUUCACCACCAGGGGCCCCGUAUAUUGAUAUAACGACUAUAAUGAUAUAACAUUUUUUCAUUACUCUUUAUUUAUUUAUUUACAGUAUUUCUAUACCGCUUUUCUCACCCCGAGGGGGACUCAAAGCGGUUUACACAUAAGUAAUGGCAAAAUUCAAUGCCAGUACAAACAAUUACAAUUAUACACUAUAAUUAAACAUAAAUCAAAUUAAAACCAUACAUCCAUAAGCAAUAAAACAAUCAUUAAAACAAUAAAACAGUCUCGUUUGUCAAAUCACCAUUUCAGUCAUUGUCUUCCUGAAAUGCUGCAUACAUUUUCUUCUGCUGCCCGAAGGCCUGGUCCCAAAACCAUGAUUUAAUUUUUUUUCCUAAAAGCCAGGAGG